AUGUGUACAGCAGUUUGUCAACGUUGGAUAAAACAUGCUACCAUUAUAAACAACUGCUAUCCCACAAAUCCAGAAGAAAAUUCCCCAAAAUCUAGUGAACUAUCGCGUUUGGUAUGGUACGCCAAAUCCCGACCCGCAAAACUGACUAAAUGUGGGGUAUUCCUGGAAAAGAGAAUCAGUGGCGACGUGGCGAAGAAAAAGAAACAAGAUCUAGGAAUCUCCCUGGAAAUCAUAAAGACACUCAUAAGGGAAUGUAAUGAAGGCCUCAAUAUGUUCUCCAAAAAUGUUGUCAAAAUCAUUAUCGCUACUUUGAAUACGGAAGAUAUUGAUCUGGUCGGCCGUGCUGCCUCUACUUUUAUCAUAUUUUGCGCACAUCACGAUGGCUCUACACUCGGUGUUGACAAUGAGUUUACCCAAAACUACGAAGAGUUGAUCAGACUGUUUUCAAAAUACGCCGAGCGCAAAGGCGAUGAUGAAGACAUUGAGAUGAGGUAUCGUUCGAUCGGUUUACAUGCUUUACAAGCGGUGACGACAUCGUCAGCAAACUAUUCACAGACUCAGCUUGAAUCGAUUGUCCCUGCCAUAUUAUACAAUCUUACUGAUCCGAGUAUCGGCCUUGAAGCGUUGCAAAAACGUGAUUCACUCGACCACGAGUCUAUGCCAAACCAAAGAUUAUCUAUAACAAUAGAGGCAGUAACAGCAGAGGCUAACGCACGCCUUGCAUAUCAUUGCCUGAAACAAUUAUUCAAUCCAUCAAAGCUCAUCCACGUCGAAUGGUCGGUACAACCAAUAUUUGUCUUUUUGGAUAAAAACAAAAUGUGGUGGCCAGAAUCAUUUGGAAUCACCCUCGUUCUGAGUAUAUUGUCCAUGCUACCACCCCAAGAUCGAUAUACUCUUGUAUCAGUUAUAAAAGGACAGCUAGAAUAUACGCCCGAAUUCACUCCCCAAAAAGCAACUUUGGUGGAGAUGCUCUCAUCCAUUCUUACCAGCCCAUUAACUCUCGCGGGAUUACCCAUUUUAGAGGUGUUGGAUUGUUUACUACGCUUGGUAUUAAAAUUGAGAAAAGCGGACAAUUUCAUCGAUGAGAAAGGCUCUCUUAAAGAAGAGAUCAACCAAGAGAACAUGGAAAAGGUUGAUAAUGGAACUGAGAAUAAAUUAGAAAAGAUUACUUUACAAGAGCUGUACAGGUCUAUUGGCGGUCUAGCGACCCACAUUUAUUACAAUAACCAGAUAACGGACAUCAUACAUCACAUAGUCAAAUGUCUAUGCUUGGAACAGGCACUUCCAUCUUCGGGCAUCGAUAAUCCAAUAACCGAAAAUACGCCGACACCUGAAGAACGUAAAACACUCCUUAAAUGUCUUAGUCUAGUUGUUCAAAAAAAUCAGCUCGAAUCACUUCCUAUCGAAGUACCGGUUGAAGUAUUUCAGGAUAGUCUGCAACUGUGUCUUGACACUGACGUCAGAGUAAGAAGGGCCUACACGAGUGUCUUGGUAAUGUUCCUUAACAGCGAGAUAUCAAAGAACUUGAGGGAUAGUGCACAAGACUGUUUAAAGCAUCUCAGUAAAGAUACGAUACAAUUUUUGAAUAUGAUACACGUAUCCCUGUAUCAUUAUGCUUUACUGGAUAACGCAGAGGCUUCGGACUAUAUUGCACUGUUGGACAUUUUAAAAGCACUAUUGGUUAGGUUUAGAGGCGAGCAACUUGUCAGAGCCGUACCUUUUCUGUUCAAGUUACAGUCGGAUGCUGCAGAAUUGCAUGUCGAUGGUGUUCGGCAACGAGCACUUGCAAGUGGCAUAUUGCGAUAUUUCCAAGAUGUUGCAACAAUGUUUGAUUUGCCUGAUUUACAGACGUAUCUCGGAAAGAUUCAAGAUGAACGCCUCUCCAAGAACCAAUGGUCUCUUGACAUAAAUCCACCCACUCCCACCAUCGACGAGUCUGACCUUGCUCCGGUUGACCUCUGGCUCGAUCGCUCAGCCAUAGUAGCCCACCUUGUUAAUCUUAAAGAUCUCGGCGAGAUUGUUGGCUCGAAUCUAUCAGAGAAAUUGAUGACCGAAUGGACACCCGAAGGAGGGUUUGAGAAUAUUAAACGCGAAGUCUAUAGAAUACGAGCAGCAGAUAUGGCAGAUGCUCAUAGAUUCACAUCGAUAAUGGCGAUGGAAAAUGGCUCGGGUGAAUUGCAGAAAACGGACAAAAAGGUGACUGAUUUCCAGAAUGCAUUGGAUGGCCAGAUGAACGAUUAUUCAAGUGAGCGGACAUCCGUUACGUCCGAUAUGGAGAGUGUGACCAUUCAGCUGUCUGCUGGGUUAGGAGGGACGAAGAGAAAAAUAAAGGAAAAGCUUUCCAAGAAGCGGCAAGAGGUUACAGCUUUUUUAAAUACGAUUGAUCCAAGUUCAAGCAGAAAGAUAAUAGAUCCACCAUAUCUCCGUUCCAUGCGACACCAAAGUAGAACGUAA